AUGAAAAUCGCCGAGCUGGAAGGAAUGGUUUUGAAGGAGGUUGAGGCAGAGGAGGAACUGAUGAUUCCGGCGGUUGACGACGGAGAGGCGGAGGAGCAUGCCGCCUUUGUUGAUAAGGACGUCGACGAGGAGGACGACGGCGAAGACGAUGACGACGAAGAUGAAGAUGAAGAUGAAGAUGACGACGACGAUGAAGGCAAGGAUUUGAGUACCGAGUACCUCCUGCGACCAGUGGGGCGCCCUGAAGAGGAGGAAGAUGCAAGCGACUUUGAACCGGAAGAGAAUGGCGAGGAUGAGGACGAGGAAGUUGACGAGGACGACGAUGAACUGGGCAAGUCUGCUGGUUCUGCAAAGCGAAAGAGGGUGAGUAAGGAUGAAACCGAUGAGGAGGAUGAUGAUGAUGAUGACGACGAUGAUGGUGGGGAGGACGAUGUGAGGCCAUCAAAGCGAUGAUAUACGAUCGUGGUGUUUGUUGGUGAUGUAUUAAUUUAGGGUUGUGACCAAAAUUUAACUCUUAGUUGGGCAGUUGGUUGAUCUCUUGGAUUAAUGGUAUGAAGUGGGCGUUUGUGGCUGUUAGACUGGCCGCAUAGAAUCCAAAUUAUCCGACCAAGUAGUCAUCCUUGGCAUGUUAUGGAGUAGUAGACUUGGUUCGUUAUUUUUGUUGUAGCUUGUAGUUAGGGAUUUGUUCAAGCUUUGUCUUUUCGGUUUCAUCUCCUCUGGCUUCAAGUUGAGUUGGAUUCUUUGGGUUUUUAGGCACCUCAAUUGGAUUUGGUUUCACUAAUGGUGGUAUUUUAAGAAGUGGAGGGUAAUCAACUGUUAGAUGCAACUUGGAUUUAUAAAUCCACCAAUCCAGUGUAUUUUAUCCAUCAAUUCAAUCACC